AUGUAUACAUCUAGAUACAGAUAUGAAAGCAGCUAUGCAACUAUAUAUGCAACUUUAAUAAAUGAUACAUUAUAUCCACCUUUAAUCGUUCCUUUGAUAAUAGAUUUAAGAGAUAAAAAUUGUAAUAAUCAAAAUGCUCGCAGAAUUUUUAGUGCAAAUAAUGGUAAAAACGAUAAUGAUAAUAUUGUAGAACGAGUUCCAACAUCAACAGCUCGACAUACAGACUGUGAAAUUACACCAGAUGUACAACAUGCUACGUAUAGAGUUAAAGAUGAUGAUGAAACAGUUACAGCUAUAUAUACAUGUGAAAACGGAUAUGAAUUAAAAGGUGAAGCAAAAAUUAUUUGCGAUCUAGAUACAGAUGAAUGGUUACAGGAUCCGCCAACAUGUGAAAAAGUUGAAUCUGGCGAAACUGGUAAUGGUGAAAAUCAUGUACCAGAAACGACAAGAAAAAAAUUCCAUGAUAUUCAAGAAGAUAAUUUUAUUACCAGAGAAUUUGCCUUAAGACUCGAUAUGUCAUGUGUUCAAGCACGUGUUAAAGCACCAAAUAUAGAUAAUGGACAAGUUGUUAAAUAUGACAGACGUAAAAAGGGCGGACAACUUUUCUUAGUUGCAUUCUACAGAUGUAAUAAUAAUUAUGAUUUCGAAGAUCCAGAAAUAAAUGCUGUUUAUUGUAGUAAGAAAAAUUGGAUUGGAGAACAUCCAACAUGUGUUUCAUCAAAUGGUGAUGAUUAUAAUGAUGGAGAUGAUUACGAUGAGGAAGAAGAAGAAGAGAAUGGUAAUGGUAAUGGAAAUGAUAAUGGAAAUGGUAAUGGAAAUGGUCAUCAUAAUGUGGAUGAAAAUGGUCAUCAUAAUGAAACAGAAAAUUAUGAUGAAAAUCAUUCGCAUGGAAGUCAAACUACACAAAUUCUAGAAACUGUUACUGUUGCACAUUCUCCACAAAUAGAUAACGUUGAUAAUGAAAUACUUAAUUAUGAAAGAAAAAAUUUUGAUGAAUAUACUAAUUCAGAAAAUAUACAUGAACCACAACCAUUCAAUGAGACUUGUGAUGAAUAUCGUGGCGGUUGUGAUCACAAUUGUAAACGAGUACAAACUGGUAAUUCAGAUAAUCCUGUUCAAAUUGUAUGUUCUUGUUUCCAAGGAUAUUAUUUAAAUACUGAAGAUAUGAAACGAUGCCAUGAUGUUAAUGAGUGUGAAAUUAAUAAUGGAGGAUGCGAACAAAUUUGUACAAAUACACCAGGUUCUUUUCAAUGUUCAUGUGAAAGUGGGCUUCAAAUUGAUACGAUUACCGGUAACACCUGUAUUGAUAUUAAUGAAUGUUUAUUACGUAAUGGACAUGGUCCUUGUCAAGAUACAUGCUAUAAUACAUUUGGUAAUUAUAUAUGUACAUGUGAAAAUUUACCUGGAACAAAAAUCUCAAGUGAUAAUCAUACGUGUGAAGAUGCCGGUGAGUGUAAUAAAAAUAAUGGCGGUUGUUCUCAUAAAUGUUUAAGUAUAUUAGGCAGAGUAUAUUGUCUUUGUCCUGAUGGUUUUGAAUUAAGUGAUAAUUGGAAAACAUGUGAAGAUAUUAAUGAGUGUGAAAGAGAAGAAAUUUAUUCGCAAUGCGAACAUGGUUGCAUAAAUUUUCAUGGUUCAUAUAGAUGUAUUGAACCACCAACAACUGAAUCAUCAAUAUUAACAACAAAUAUUCAGAAAGAGGAAGAAGAAGAAAAUAACGAGGAACGGGGAUCAAACAACAAACAUUCAGAAAUACCAACACCAAUUGUACAAAACAAUUUACCAAGAACAGAAAAUGUAAUUGAAAAUGAUUGUGGCACCGGUCUCCGUAGAAAUAAUAAUAAUGAAUGUGUUGAUAUUGAUGAAUGUGCUGAAGGGACAAGUGGUUGUGAACAUUGCGAAAAUGCUCAUGGUGGAUUCGAAUGCACAUGUCCUGAUGGUUAUGAAUUAAAUGAUGAUGGAAAAACAUGUCAAGAUAUCAAUGAAUGUGAAUUGUAUUCCGCUAAUGAUGAUUAUACUGAUGAAAAUGGUAAUAACGAACAAGAAGCAUACAGAAUUUGUUCACACGAUUGUGUUAAUGUAAUUGGUUCAUAUCAAUGCAAAUGUCCAGAUACAUAUCAUUUACAUAUCGAUCAGAGAACAUGUAUUAAAGAUUAUUGUGAAGAUUUAAAAAAUCCAUUAUUAAAUAAAUUACAAUGUUCACAUGAAUGUAUCGAUGAUCCAGAUACUGGUUUCCAAUGUAAAUGUCCUUCUGAUUAUCAAUUAGAUAGUAAUGAUAUGAAAACUUGUUUAAAAUUAUCAAGUUCAAUUGCAACGGAAAAUAAUAAACCAACAAAUCUGUUUGUUAUUGAUAACGAUAAUGAAGAAUCAGUUGGAACAAAUCAUAUAAUUGAUUUAACUAGAUCAAAUCAACAAGAAGAUAAAUGUACUGAAUUGAAUGGUAAUAAUGCUUGUUAUCCUGGUCAAUGCAUAAAUGAUGUAAAUACACCUGAAGGAUACAGUUGUGAAUGUCCUCAAGGUUAUGCGAAAAUAGAAGGACGUUGUCUUGAUAUUGAUGAAUGUGCAAUUGGAAUUGAUAAAUGUUCACAUUAUUGUAUAAAUUAUGAUGGAACAUAUAAAUGUUCAUGUCCAUCUGGUUUAACUUUAUCAUCUGAUGAUGAUAAAUCAUGUAUUGAUAUUAAUGAAUGUGAAGAAAAUUCACAAAUUUAUCCAUGUACAAUAAAUAAUGGCGAUUGUUCACAUAUAUGCAGAUCAUAUGAAUCUGCAUCAUCAACAAAAGUUAUAUGUGAAUGUCCUGAAGAUAUGGAAUUAAGUAAAGAUAAUGAAAGAAUUUGUAUUAGCAAAAAUCCAUGUGAAAAUAACAAUGGAGGAUGUACACAAAUUUGUAAUCCAAAUAGUAAAGUCGAUGAACAUUGUUCAUGUAAUAAAGGUUAUAUUCUAUCAGAUGAUAAGAAAACGUGUAUUGACUUAAAUGAAUGCAAAAAUAAUAAUGCCGGUUGUAGUCAAUUAUGUAAUAAUUUAGAAGGUUCAUUUGAAUGCUUAUGCAAAGAUGGUUUUAAAAUGCUUUUAUUGCCAAAUUUAACAAAUGCAUGCAUCGACAUUGAUGAAUGUACACUAGGUUUGGAUAAAUGUAAGGAAACGAAUAGUAUAUGUAUUAAUACAGAAGGAUCUUAUCAUUGUAAAUGUCCAAAAGGUUUUGAAUUAAAUUUUGAACAAAAUAAAUGUAUAGAUACUGAUGAGUGUGCUUUAAAUAAUGGAAAUUGUUCACAUAUAUGCAUUAAUUUGGUUGGAGGUUAUCAAUGUUCUUGUCCUAUUGGUCAAAUAUUAAUAGACGAUGAAAAAACAUGUGAUUAUGUUGAUGAAUGUAAAAUCAGCAAUGGAGGAUGUUCACAUGAAUGUUAUUAUUCUCUUGGUGAAGUAACUUGUCUAUGUCCAACAGGUUAUGAUUUAGAUAAUAGUCGAAAAAAUUGUAUUGAUAUAGAUGAAUGUUCCGUUAAACAUGGUCCGUGCUCUCAUAAAUGUAUAAAUACAAUUGGAAGUUUUCAGUGUUCAUGUCCGAUAGGCUAUCAAUUGGAUAAUAAUGGACUAAAUUGUCAUGAUAUUAAUGAAUGUAUUGAGAAUAAUGGAAAUUGUUCACAUAUUUGUGUUAAUUUUUUAGGUUCCUAUAAAUGUGUAUGUGAACUGGGAUUUAUGUUACAAGCAGAUCAACAUUCUUGCCUUGAUUUAGAUGAAUGCUCUGAAAAUUAUCAUGAUUGUUCACAUAUUUGUAUUAAUAUACCCGGAGGUUAUGAAUGUGCCUGUCCAUCUGGAUAUGAAUUAUCGGAACAAAGUAAAUUUAUUUGUAUGGAUAUCGAUGAAUGUCAAAAAAAGUACAAUGGUGGAUGCUCACAUACUUGUAUUAAUACUGAUGGCUCCUACAAAUGUGAAUGUCCGGAAUUAUAUUCGAUUGGAAAUGAUAAUAAAACAUGUUUUCAACUUGACGAAUGCCAAAUCGGAGGAAAAGAAUGUUCUCAUGAUUGUGAAAAUAUUAUUGGAGGUGGUUUUAAAUGUUUAUGUCCGCCUGGCAUGAAUCUGGGUGCUAAUGAACUGACAUGUGUCGAUAUAAAUGAAUGUAUCGAAAUAGAUAGUAAUGGAGGAUGUUCUCACUAUUGCGAAAAUACUGAAGGAUCAUAUAAAUGCAGUUGUCCCAAUGGAUAUAUAUUAGGGGAUGAUAAUAACACUUGUUAUGAUAUUGACGAAUGUCUAGAUGGCAAUGGUGGUUGUAAUCAAUAUUGCAUUAAUUUUGGAGGAGGUUAUAAAUGCAAAUGCUCCAAAAAUUAUAUAUUAUCAGAAGAUGAAAAAACAUGUGUAUUUCAAAAUCAUUGUAGUGAACAUAACGGUGGAUGUUCACAAAUUUGUCAUUCAUUAAGUGAUGGACCAAAAUGCUUAUGUAGAGAAGGAUUUAUUUUAUCAGAUAUUGAUAAUUCAACAUGCUUAGAUAUAAAUGAAUGCGAAUAUCAGAAUACGUGUCAACAAGAAUGUCGUAAUACAAUUGGUUCAUUUGAAUGUAUUUGUCGACCAGGCUAUACAAAAGAUGCUCUUGAUCAAUGCGUUGAUAUAAAUGAAUGUAAUUUUAUGAAUGGCGGAUGCUCUCGUGAAGCUGAAUGUAUUAAUAUACCGGGAAGUUUUAAAUGUAAUUGUCCACAAGGUUAUAAAUUGGCUCAUGAUGAAAGAAAUUGUUUUCAAAUUAAAGAUUAUUGUUUCCCUUUGAAAGCACCAAGAAACGGAGACAUUCAUUGUACAAGAUCAAGACAUAAAACUCAAUUGUAUUAUAGAACAAAAUGUUCGAUGUGGUGUAAUCGAGGAUUUAAUUUAGAAGGUUCAUCGACUAGAUAUUGUAAUGGAACUGGAGAAUGGGAUGGUAUUGAAAGUUUAUGUGUGCCUUUAUCAUGUCCUCGUUUACCAAAACCACAAUAUGGUACAAUAUUACCAUCAAAUUGUAUUAUUGGUAAUAUAUUUAGUGGUGAACGUUGUUUAUUACAUUGUCCAUCUGGUUAUAUACCAGCUGGAAAACGUGCAGCAAUUUGCAAUGCAGAUAAAACUUGGUCAACAAAUUCAACCUUAGAAUGUAUACCAUUAAAAUCAACUGUCACCGGCAAUAGUGUAGAUAAUAUUAACCAACAUGCAUCAUCGUCAUCGUCUUCAUCAUCAUCAUCAGCAUCGACUGUUGUUUCAAGUGGAAAUAUUGAUUCGAGUGGAAGUAGUGGUAGUACAGGUGGAAUUAUUAGUAGUAGUGGUGGUAUAAGUAGCGGUAGUGGUGGUAGUAUUGGUGGAAGUAUACAUACAGAAACUACCAGUAAUAUAAAUCAAAUACCAGGAAUUAGUGGAGUUAGUAUUCAACCGUAUAUAAAAUGCCCACAGGAUACAAUUUUAUUAUUACCUGAAGGACAAAAAACUAUAUUUAUAAGACUUCAACAACCAAAAACAAAUGUUGAUUAUUUCAAAUAUGUUGAUUCACAUCCUGAAUGGGCUAAAAAUUUAGAUGCACAUUUACCAGUUGGUGUUCACAUAAUUCGAUUCCGUGCACGUAGUCCAAAUUCAAAUUCAAAUGCUAUUUGUAGAACAGUAAUAACAGUUAAAGAAUCUCAUCCACCAAAAGUUGUUUAUUGUCCACCAUCCUAUGAAAUUCAAUUAAAUCCUAAUGAAUCUGGAAGAUCAAUUAAAUGGAAAGAACCAAUUUUUGAAGCAAAUAGUCAUUUAAAACAAAUUUAUAAAUCAAAGGCACCCGGUGAAGUUUUUGGACCAGGAAUACAUAAUAUUCUUUAUAUUGCAACAGAUCGAGAUGGUCAAUCAUCAAGAUGUGAAUUCAAAUUGAUUGUCAGAGCUAAUGCUCAUAGGCAAACACCAUCUGUAGUAGGAACAUCAGGCGGUCAUUAUUCAAAUGCACAACAUCAUCAUAAAGAACAACAGCAACAAUCACAACACCAGCAACAAUCACAACAUCAACAACAUUCACAACAGUCACAUCAAUUAUCAGGAUCUUCAUCAUCAUCAUCAUCAUCUUCAUCAUUAUCAUCUUCUUCAACAUCAGCUGGUAAAGCACGUGGUAUUGUAACUGGUGUUGGUGGUACUUUCCAAGCAACCGGUUUAUUAAAUCAUGAAUCAUAUUUAAUAUGUGCUGGUAAACCAGCUAUGAAAAUUGAAACAAAUUAUCCUGUUCAAGUUCCAGCUAAUUGUUAUGUAAAGAAUAUUCGUACAAAUCCUUUAAGACAACAACAGCAAAAUAGAAGGCGUCAUCAACGUCAUUAUUUUAAUAAUAUUCUCGGCCAUCAAUAUCCAGUAUGGAAUUAUCGUCCAAGAAGUCUGGAAAACAAUGGAUAUGCAUACUUUAAUAGAUGGAAUUAA